CUCAUUAGCUUCAUCCAGUGAGUCUGAAUUGAAGUGGACUGGUAGUUGGAGGUGCACUGUUCCUCUGGGUCAUCUUUGUUGGAAUUCAGUUAUUUUGGCCCAUUGUAGAGGGCAGUUUUCCGUGGGAUCUCCUACCUACACCUCAUCCAGUGGGAUCUGGUUGAGUUACAACUUUCAUCAUAUUCUCCUUAGUUCCUUCUGAGGGAUUACCAUGGCUGUGCAGCAGAAUAGGCCGUGAGUGACAAUCCGCUGUCUUCCCGAUCGGUUUUAUUCAACUUUUUAAUUUUAUUUUGGUGGGAUACACAAAAGGUCAAUAUGCUGAAUCAGAGUGCGGUGAUGAUCUUCACCGGGAUCUGUGGGGCGUUGGUGGUCCUGGCUAUGGGCUACUACGUCUACUGGUCCGUAAUACUGAGUGAAGGGCCGUGCAGGAGGGGCUUAUAGAGAGGGAGUCCACCGUGUCCUUAGUAGUGUGCAGAGGAGAGGAGGCUCCUCAGUAGCAGCAGCCAUGGGUCUGUUAGCCUAUCUGAAGACCCAGUUUGUUCUGCAGCUCCUCCUGGGCUUUGUGUUCGUGGUGAGCGGCCUCAUCAUCAACUUCAUCCAGCUCCUCACCUGUGUCCUGUGGCCCUUCAACAAGCAGCUCUACCGCAGGAUCAACACCAGGCUCUCCUACUCCCUCUGGAGCCAGCUGGUGAUGCUGCUAGAGUGGUGGUCGGGCACCGAAUGCACCCUUUAUACAGACCAGGCCACGGUGGAGAAGUUUGGCACGGAGCACGUCAUCAUCAUCCUCAACCACAACUACGAGAUUGACUUCCUCUGCGGCUGGACGAUGUGUGAGCGAUACGGAGUCCUAGGGAGUUCCAAGGUGCUGGCCAAACAUGAGCUGCUGAAAGUGCCUCUGAUUGGAUGGACCUGGUACUUCCUGGAAAUUGUGUUCUGUAAGAGGAAGUGGGAGGAGGACCGAGACACUGUGUUCAGAGGUCUGGACAGACUCAAAGACUACCCGGAGUUUAUGUGGUUCCUGCUGUACUGCGAAGGCACUCGCUUCACAGAGAAGAAACACCAGAUCAGUAUGGAAGUGGCAGAGAGUAAAGGCCUGCCCAAGCUCAAAUACCACCUGCUGCCCAGGACCAAAGGCUUCACCACAACACUGAAAUGUCUCAAGGGCACAGUGUCUGCCGUGUAUGAUGUCACACUGAAUUUCAAAGACCACCAAGUCCCCACUCUGUUGGGUAUAAUCAACGGCAAGAAAUACAUGGCAGAUAUGAGAAUCAGACGGUUCCCUGUAGACGAGAUCCCAGAAGAUGAGAAGGAGUGUGCCAACUGGCUUCAUAAGCUUUACCAGGAGAAGGAUGCUCUGCAAGAACACUAUCAUAAAGAGGGCACUUUCCCAGGUCCUACCAUCACCCCUCCUCGCCGGUUGUGGACGCUACUUAACUUCUUGUUCUGGGCGACCCUGCUGCUCUCGCCUCUCAUAAACUUCGCCUGCGGUGUGGUGGUCAGUGGCUCCCCCCUCCUCAUCCUCGGCUUCAGCCUCUUCCUUAUCAUUGCCUCCAUAGCCAUCCGGCGCCUGAUCGGUGUCACCGAGAUAAAGAAGACGGGCUCCAGUUACGGCGACGAGGGGGCUAAGAAACAGAACUAGAACUCUCCCUCCCGGCCGCGGUUGGUCGCUCUCGUACGGUCAUCCUGCGGUCCCCUUCCACCUAUUCUGUUGUCCUGAGGUGUGUGCGAGCAAGCACUCCGGGGGGGUCGUCAAACCGAUUUACACCAGAGAUGGAUCUGGACGAUGAGGGAAGGAAGAGAAGGAGGGGUUUGACCAUGGGAGGAGUGUAGAGAGAAAGGAGACCAUCUGCAGCCAGCUCUAUGUGGGGUAGGAGAGGGCAGGACUGAGAACAGGAGGUACUGUUGUGGACUAUCCAACCAAGUCAAACCCCCCCGCCACCUCGCACUCUUCGACUCCUUUGACCCUAGGAACCAAGCCUAUCAGCAGCUCUCCUUUCCAUAACUUUCUUUUGAAUCUAGUUUUUGAUUUGAGGUUGAGGUGUUACUUCAGUGUUCACCUUGUAACAUACAGUACAGUAUAUCUCCCCCUCGUUCUACCGAAAAGCCGGGCAGAGCUCUACAAUGCGACGAUUUUCCUCGCCUACGCGCCUAAAUAUGUUGCUGUCCACCUAGAAAAAAAAAUCGCCCGGAUGAUAAUUGUUGCAAUGUUUUCACUGUACCGUAGCCCCUGAGUGCCAUAGGGAAUACACCGAGCGCAAAUUCAUGGCCGUUGUAAUUGCACCAUUACUACAAAGAAAACGGCUUGUUACCUCCAAAUAUUUUUAAUUGUGCUCCUUCUUUGUGUACUUUCUUCAACUUAGGCACACGUAUGCUCCCUGUACAAAAAGGGCAGUGUAGAGCCCUGCCAGGUUUCCACGUUGCUUUUUACCUCUGAGCAAAAAAGGUGUUUAUUUUCACUGUGCUUCAUCUCUCUGUUGUGGGAACCAUUUUUAUUCAUGAGCAAAUAUAAUGGGGUGGUUCUAUGAUUCUACAAGUCUAUGCAUUCUUACCAAGACAGUCAGCUAGAGUUUGGCUGCUGUUGAAUAUUACUUAGCUCUGUUAAAAAUAAGUCCCUAUGUUCAACAGCAGAGAUGGGACUUCCAGUGUUUUAAAUACUGAGUCACGGUUGUGUGUGUUAAGACUACAGCAAGGGCUCUGUAUUCAUUAACUUCAUGGUAACUUACUAACAUUGCCAUGAUAUUCCACACAACUAUUCCAACGCCCCCGGGUUCUGACCCUAAUUAUUUUAUGUAUGUAGGUUUUUACAGCAUUCUCCAUUGCUUGCUCACCAGUAGAUAUUUGCACACAUAUUACCAUGCCAGUUCCCGAGUGAACUAUGAACUUGUUCUCCUGCCAUCUCUGCUCUGGUUUAAACAUGCUAAACCACCCCCAGUGUUAGUGUGACCUCUUAUAAUAACCUUAACCACCAAUUCCAGUCAAAACAGACAAUGAUAACCCACAACUACCCUUUAUAAUUGAAAUGCAGUACUUACUGAAUUAAUGAGUUUUUCUAAUGAAGCUGAGAGCUGCUGGUCUCACUGCCACCCCCUUCUCUCCUAAAACAGUGAUGGGGUUGGUAGUGGCAUUAGUGUACGGAAACCCAGCACUUACUACUGUCCACUUGUAACCUCAUUACUGAAAGGACAUUUGAUUCUGCUCUUCAGCUCUAGACUGUAGUAAUGUUUGCCUUAAUUCAAGUUUGCUUAGGCUAGGGUGAUUGUUUGAUUGGUUGCUAGGUUCCCUCCCCACCUCAUGUCUCCCUCCACUACAGUCUUCUAUUCAGACACACUCCACCAACCCUUCAUCCAUAAUGGUGCACUGUGGGUAGUUGAGUUCUCUCCGGGGUAGUACUGACAUGUUUAUGGGUUUAUUAUGCCAAGGUAUAUGUUGAGAUGCGAGGAUCAAUAGGAUCUUAUUAUCAGUAGCCACCUAUGAGUAACAUGAUGUUACUAAAGCUACUUUUGGGUCCUGAAUUGCACAGGAAGGAAUAGUUAUUUUUUUUUUUUCUCUCUCAUUUUAUUUUGCUGCUAUUCAUUGUAUGGCACAGCGCAACCCUAGGCUCAGGCACUGCAACUGCAUUUGCUUUUAAAACAUGUUACAUUGUUUAUCUCUACACACUGGACAAUUAUUUACACUCUAUGAUGGUAGUCUUAAUGGUGACCCGCCCCAUCUGUGGUCUGUGUGAUAGCAACACGUCAUCACUAGUCUGAAGAACACCAUUCUGUUUCCCAGUCACCAUCUUUUCUCCCUAUGUUGAUGUCCUUUUGUUUUUGUUUUUUUUGCGUUAAAAGUUUUUUUUAACCAGGACAGAUUCAUGCAAGCCUUAACAGACAGAGUGCAGCUUCAUUGCAUUGUGUGUGUGUGUGUGUGUGUGUGUGUGUGUGUGUGUGUGUGUGUGUGUGAACUUAGACAACACUUCCUCCAGUAGUAUUAGGUUUUGAUUGGCAAGUAGCGAGGGACACUGACUCAGUAAGAUUCACAUAAAUCUGCCCUCUGUUAAAAUGACGAGGAACUCGUGUUUUAUUUCUCACUCCAGAAAAAAUGGGUUAGGGUUAGUUAAAGUAUAGCUAUUUGUAAAGCUGAAGAGAUGAGGGUCCCAUGAGAAUCUGCUCCUAAUUACAGUAAUAGUUAAGCGGGCCCCAUUUUAAUAAUACUGACUGUCCCGUGAUGCUUCUGUGUUCGAUACCUCUGUUACAUCUGUCAAUACAACUGUUACAGUAGCUUAGGAGAUAUAUGUUCUAAGUUCUGGGGCAUAAUGUUCUCAUCUCCAGUCUACUUCCCAUAACUCCAAACUACAGUACCACCUCUCCCUCAGGUAUCUAUCAGUCCAGCUCUGUGUAUAAGGUGUAUAUAUUUCAGUGCAACAGAACAUGCAGAGAAGUUAACCUGUGGGUUUUUACUUGGGGAAAAAAUCCCACUAACUUUGAAUUUUUCUCAUUUUUGGUCAAGUUUUCGAAACUUAAGAAUUGGGUAACGUUAGAAAUAUGACACUGAAAUCUGACCCUUUUUGGCUUAAAAGUUGAGUCAAGAUGUGCCACUUAUUUGUCCUUUUUCUAAAUAUCUGUUUAUUCAAUUAAACAAUUAAGAAUAUUAAAGGAUUUAAUCACA